CCGCCGGCAGCCGACCGAGUGCGGGCGCCGGGCCGCCGCCUGCGCGCCCCGAGUGGCGCAGGGCGGCCGCCGCGGUGGCGCGGGCGUCGGGGGCUGGACUCGCGCAGGAAUUUUUCAAAUAGAAACUAAUUGCAAAGUUUCCGGUUGACCAGCAUUCAUAGGAAUGAAGACAAACACAGAGAUGGUGUUUCUAAGAAAUUUUAAAAGGUGUAGGCCUCCUGAUUGAAGCAUUGUCAAAUUAUUGGAAUCAUUUUUUUAUUGUUUUUCUGUACUCCUCCUCCAAGGGAAAGUCAUGAUCACACUAACGGAGCUAAAAUGUUUAGCAGACGCCCAAUCAUCUUAUCACAUCCUAAAACCGUGGUGGGACGUCUUCUGGUAUUAUAUCACCCUGGUCAUGCUGCUGGUGGCCGUGCUGGCGGGCGCGCUGCAGCUGACGCAGAGCCGGGUUCUGUGCUGUCUUCCGUGUAAGGUGGAAUUCGACAAUCACUGCUCCGUGCCUUGGCACCUCCUGAGAGCCAGCGUGAAUGCAUCCUCCGACCUGGGGCCGCCGCUCCCGCUCCCCCUCCGAAUCCAGAAUGACCUCCACCGCCAGCAGUACUCCUACAUCGACGCCGUCUGCUACGAGAAGCAGCUCCACUGGUUCGCAAAGUUCUUCCCCUACCUGGUGCUCUUGCACACGCUCAUCUUCGCAGCCUGCAGCAACUUUUGGCUUCACUACCCCAGCACGAGUUCCCGGCUCGAGCACUUUGUGGCCAUCCUGCACAAGUGCUUCGAUUCUCCGUGGACCACCCGCGCCCUGUCGGAAACGGUGGCCGAGCAGUCAGUGAGGCCCCUGACGCUCUCCAAGUCCAAGGUUCUGCUUUCAUCCUCAGGGUGUUCGGCUGAUGUGGAUGCCAAUAAGCAGUCCUUGCCCUACCCGCAGCCCGGCAUGGAGUCGGCUGGCAUAGAAAGCCCGACUUCCAGUGUCCUGGACAAGAAGGAGGGCGAGCAGGCCAAAGCCAUCUUUGAAAAAGUGAAAAGGUUCCGCAUGCACGUGGAGCAGAAGGAUAUCAUUUACAGAGUGUAUCUGAAGCAGAUAAUAGUCAAAGUCAUUUUGUUUGUCUUCAUCAUUAGUUACGUUCCAUAUUUUUUAACCUACAUCACUCUUAAAAUUGACUGUUCAGUUGACGUGCAGGCUUUCACGGGAUAUAAGCGUUACCAGUGCGUCUACUCCUUGGCAGAAAUAUUUAAGGUCCUGGCUUCGUUCUAUGUCAUCCUGGUUAUACUUUAUGGCUUCACCUCCUCCUACAGCUUGUGGUGGAUGCUGAGGAGCUCCCUCAAGCAAUAUUCCUUUGAGGCGUUGAGAGAAAAAAGCAACUACAGCGACAUACCGGACGUCAAGAAUGACUUUGCCUUCAUCCUCCAUCUGGCUGACCAGUACGAUCCUCUUUAUUCCAAACGCUUCUCCAUAUUCCUGUCGGAGGUCAGUGAGAACAAACUGAAGCAGAUCAACCUCAAUAACGAAUGGACGGUGGAGAAACUGAAAAGCAAGCUGGUGAAAAAUGCCCAAGACAAGGUAGAACUGCAUCUCUUUAUGCUAAACGGUCUUCCAGACAACGUUUUUGAGCUGACUGAAAUCGAAGUGCUCAGCCUAGAGCUGAUUCCUGAGGUCAAGCUGCCCUCCACCGUCUCCCAGCUGGUCAACCUCAAUGAGCUUCAUGUGUACCAUUCGUCUCUGGUGGUAGACCAUCCUGCCCUGGCCUUUUUAGAGGAGAAUUUAAAAGUUCUCCGCCUGAAAUUUACUGAAAUGGGGAAAAUUCCACGCUGGGUAUUUCACCUGAAGAAUCUCAAAGAACUUUAUCUGUCGGGCUGUGUUCUCCCUGAGCAGCUGAGUACCAUGCAGUUGGAGGGCUUUCAGGACUUAAAAAACCUGAGGACCCUCUACCUGAAGAGCAGCCUGCCCCGGAUCCCACAGGUCAUCACAGACCUCCUGCCUUUCCUGCAGAAACUGUCCCUCAAUAAUGAGGGAAGCAAACUGGUUGUGUUGAACAACCUGAAAAAAAUGGUCAAUCUGAAAAGCCUAGAGCUGCUCAGCUGUGACCUUGAACGCAUUCCACACUCCAUUUUCAGCCUGAACAAUCUGCAUGAGUUAGACCUAAAAGAAAACAACCUUAAGACCGUGGAGGAGAUCAUCAGCUUUCAGCAUCUCCAGAAUCUUUCUUGCUUAAAAUUGUGGCACAAUAACAUUGCUUAUAUUCCUGCCCAAAUUGGGGCAUUAUCUAAUCUAGAGCAGCUGUCUUUGGACCAUAAUAAUAUUGAGAAUCUACCCCUGCAGCUUUUUCUAUGCACUAAACUACAUUAUUUGGAUCUAAGCUAUAACCACCUGACCUUCAUUCCAGAAGAAAUCCAAUAUUUGAGUAAUUUGCAGUACUUUGCUGUGACCAACAACAAUGCAGGGUGUCUGGUGCUUGGCAGAAUUCCUUCUUGGUUUUUUACUUCCUGUCCCAGCUUGAUUGAGUCUUCCUUCCUGUGGUUUUCUCUUAACAAUGACGAACCUGAGAAAGUGCCUGCUUUGGGCCUCUGCAUAGGACAGGAGCAGGGUACUUGGGACAUGUCACCCUUGGGACAUCCUGAAAAUCCAUGUCUUCUCCAAGAUUUCUUCUUGUGUAUCAUCAAAGCUUUUUUUUUAUUUGCUCGUGAGUGUUUAUAUUAAAUGUAAAACAUAAAUAUUUUUAUUGCAUAAUCAUGGAUUCAAAAUCUGUGGGAAUAGUUUUUGUAAGGUACAGAGAACACAUGCAUUUCUGUAAGAAUUUACUAUUAACAUGCUUGGGGGUUUUUUUGCCUGCUUAUGAUUCUCAUGUUUGUGUGCAUUCACCAAAAUGUUUUUGUACUCUGCAACUAAUUACUUUUGGAUAACAAAAGCCUUGUGUUUCAUGCCCUAAAAUAUGUAAGGGUUUCCUUAUAAAAGGAUGGCCACAUCAUCUACCUCUCUCUUCCCUUGUUGCUGUGCUAUUAUUGUACGGGUACAAUUCUUAAUAACUUCAGAAACUGUGAUGGAGGGGAGAGGUAGAGAUUUCAAUCUUUAAAACUGACUUCAAAAUAUCUUGUAGAAAUUAAGAGUUAAACCAAAACACUUUACUUACUUCUCCAUCUGCAUGAUCUGUAGAUAUGAUUAUCAUGUAAAACACUCAGCCUCUAUUCAUUGUUUAAGAUGAGUUCUCAAAGCUCACAAAGAAAUAAACCCAUUUAACUGGAAUUCAUCUCAUGCUUCUGGUUAAGUUUUCUGGAAUACAAUUUGCUCUUUUUUUAUAAAGAGCUUUUGUGUUUGGCCUUCUACCGUGCAUAUUGUAAAACGAAAAUCAAAGGACUCGUUUUGGGUAAAUGUACAUUUUUAAUGUGUUUCUCUAGGCAUUAUGAUGCCAUCUAAUUUUUGGUGUGACUAUGAAAUAAUGGAUUAACCGCACCUAGACAAAACUGGAAAAACACCAUGGGUAAAGAGUACCGUAAACAUGGAGUUGUGAUGUUUGCUGUUUUUCUUGCUUUGCCCAUUCCAAAAAGAUGAAAGUGAGUCUUUAUAACAAAAUGUAGCUUCCCUCUCCUGCCACACACACCUGGACUGAAUCUCAGAGAAAGAAUUGUUUGCGUCAGAUGAAUUUGAAUAAUAUUAGCUAUAAAAAUUAUAAAACACCAAAGGCUGCCUAAACCUUAUGGUUUAUUCUGAAUGAGAAGGAAUGGUGUAAAAAUGUAAUUCUUACCAAAACUUGCCUUUAGUCAGAACAUUCAAGUUCUCAGGGACCCAGGCAUAACUGAUGAAACUUUCUUCUAGGACUUCAGAAAACAGAUUCUGACUAUAUCUAGAGUUCUUUUUGUCAUUUUUCCUAUUUUUAAUGUGAGUUGAUGCUCAUUUUCAUAUUUCACAAUAGAAUUGUCAUGUGUGUUGAUCCCGUGUUAGAUAGGAUUAUCCUAAGUUUUGGAUGUGAACAAGAAACAUGGAGAGGUAUGUUCUCAGAACUUAAAUGUUUGGGGACAAAUAAAUAGCCAUAAUUUGUAUGAAAAUUUUCAUCCUCUUUUCUAAAGAAGAGUUUUCAAAACAAAUUUUAGAUUGUUACCAUUUUCCUGACAAACUAGUUCUCCCUGGCUAGUCACUGGUUGUAUUCACAUGCAAAAGUCAUUGGAUAAUCUUCCUUAUCACCUCUCUCAAUUUCUGAAAGUGAGUUACUAUCAGGAUUAAUAGUGAAUAUUGUAAGCUUCUUUCCAAACAUAAGGGUGUCGUAACUGGUGCAAACUCUGUCCUCAAUGCCCUUAAAAAGUUCUCAGAUUUCUUUCUUAUUUCAUCCUUACACACCAGUGUUUAGGUAGCUUUUGAAAUGACGUCACACCAAUGCAAUGAACUCUGAGACCACCACCUGACACACAAAAGGGGUUUAAUGCCACCUUUCCCGCGUGGUUGGAACAGAUCAUCUUAUAUGUGUUCAUAUUCGUGUAAGGGGAAUUUAAAUGGAGAAAAUGAAGUUGGUUCACUUACAAUUGUGAGACUUUAGUUGGCAUUUGAUUUCCAAGAAUGUGCAGUACAUUUUCCAAAAAAUAAACAUGGAUGUUAUUCAGAACAAAGUUAAUGGCAUUGGUUCAUUUUAUUUGCAUGCACACACAUAGAGACAUGCAUACACCUAUAUAUGCAAAAUGUAACAUUAGUCUUGGAUAUGUUUAGUAUUUUUUCCCAAAGUUGCAAGAGGAUAUUUUUUAUUCAUAUCUCAUAAUUAUGGAUUUUUUUUUCUCUUAGUUACAUUUUUUUAGAAACUGAUUGCUCAACCUUAGCCUGAGAACCUAAGCAGUUUUAAGCAUUUCUGGUAAGAUAUAGUGUUCCUUUCCUAACCUACAUCAGGGUGACUCUGUGACACAUAGAUACUGUGUUUUCAUUCUUCAUCCUCAGUCUUAAUUUCCCCCUGGAUGUCACCAUAUGUCACUGUUGCUUAAAGAAUGUUUGUGUGAAACAGGGUAGAGAUCCCAGAAUCUCAGCACUGUGGCAUACACAGCAUGUGUGUGCUGUGGUGAGCUGCAGUGAGGUAUUUGCAGACCUUCGUUGGAUGGUGAAAAUAUUUGUUUUUGUUCAAGUGCUUCAUGAUUCAAAUUUUGUAUGUUUAAUUAAAACUGCAUAAUAUUGAUGGGUUCAGAAACUAUUAUAAUAAACAAUUCUGUGGAUUUAUAGCUUUAUUUCCUUGUAUUUUCAAUAAAAUGCUCUUUCCAUCUU